CCAGCGGCGGUGGAAUAUCAUCUAUUUGAUCAUUCACAAUCCAGUCAUUUUGAGACAGUCACAGCGAGUGCUUGGUUAACUCUUGGGUAAGAUUUUGCAAUUUUGAGGGUGAUUUGAUCGUUUGGAAAGGUCAGGAAAGUGCAAUUAAGGAGUAAGAUGGAACCGGUUAAAAGCGUGUGUAAAUGUCCGGAAUUUGUGGGGGAUGUACUUGUGGCUAUUGCUAGUAGACGGGGAAUUACAAAGCCACGCUUUAGCUAUGAGAAUGGAUCAAACUAUGGUGACGGAUUUAUUGGAAUGGUAACUCGUGUGGUGAUUGUUGAUGAAGAUAGUGGCAUGGAAAUACGCCUCAUUUGCAAACACCUCAAGCACGAUCCCAACGACACGGACACCUUCACCAGCAUGGACAUGUUUAAGCGUGAGAUUUUCAUCUAUAGCCACGUGCUGCCGGAAAUUGUCCGUUUGCAGCUAGAGAAGAAUAUCCCAGCAGAUGAGGGCUUUUUCUCUUUUCCCAAAUGCCACUUUGCCCGUUUCAGUGAGCAAAAUCAGGAAGCAGCGCUCAUUUUCGAUGACCUCCGUUUUGAGGGCUACCAGAUGUUAGAGAAGCGCCAAAUUCCGGAUGUUGAGCACGUAAAAUUGCUAAUGAGACAAUUGGGACGACUCCAUGCAGUGUCAUUUGCUCUGCGUGAGCAGAAACCUGAGAUCCUCGAGCAGUUUAAGUGUCUGGAUGAUGUCCUGACCAAAUUAAUGAGGAGAAAAGUGAUGCAACCUCUAGCUGUGAAAAAUUGUCACCUAACACAGUCAAUACUGACUCCAGAAGAUGACAUGAAAAUCAGGGAAUUUUUCCAACGCUGGGAAUCAACAAUGUGGACAGAUAUUUCUGAAACAAUCCAUGGAGAAAAUGCCGAACCAUAUGCUGUUAUCAAUCACGGGGAUUGUUGGAUAAAUAACCUGAUGUAUCGACAUGAUGACCAAGAUAAACCCAGAGAAAUCUCAGUAAUUGACUGGCAAAUGUCUCGAUAUGCAUCACCAGUUCUGGACAUGAUCUACUUUACCUUCACGUGCACCAAUAAAUCCUUCCGAGAUCAACACCUUCACGCCUGCCUAAACCUCUACUACGACUCCUUCGCAGAACUUCUCCAGAAACUCGGAGGAGAUGCCUCGAGACAAUUUCCAAAAUCAGUUCUGGAAGAGCAUCUGAAGAAAUUUAUGAAAUUCGGAAUGGCUAUGUCAACUUUUACCACUCCCCUGGACACCAAAUACGUCAAUGGAUACACGUCUGAAGGAGAUUAUGUUUCUCUCAAUGAAAGCAACAGGAAACAUUAUGAAGAAAGAAUGCGCGGAAAUAUCAAUUACUUCUUCAGCCAUGGCUGCACGAACUAGAAAAAAAAUAAAGAUUUACCUUCUCUUCA